AUGUCGAAUAAUGACAAUGGUAAUGAUGAAGCAGCAGCUGAUCGUGAUAAAGCACGAUAUCGUACUGAUCGUCGAACAUCUGUUCAAUUUAUUGAUUUAAAUUUGAUACGACGUCGUUCAUCUGGUAACGAUAAACCAACACAAUCACAACGUUUAGCAUCAAUAAAUUCAAAUUAUGAAAAUGAAUCGAAUGAUGUAGAUCAUUAUCGACAAUAUACAACUGCAAGUGAUAGUGACAGUGAUGCUGACGAUGGAAGUAGUAUAAAUAUACGAGAAUUGCAACAUAAAAAUGCAUCAGGUUUUACCGAUUUUGCUGUUAGACGUAUUAAACAUGCACAAUAUGGUCGAAGAGAAAUUGAAAUUGCUGAACAAGAAAUGCCAGGUCUUAUGGCAUUACGUCGUCGAGCUGAAAGUGAUAGACCAUUACAAGGAGCAAAAGUUAUUGGUUGCACACAUAUAACAGCUCAAACAGCAGUUUUAAUCGAAACAUUAAUACGAUUGGGUGCUCAAGUACGAUGGUGUGCUUGUAAUAUAUUCUCUACUCAAAAUGAAGUAGCUGCUGCAUUAGCUGAAGAAUCUAUAUCAAUAUUUGCAUGGAAAGGUGAAACCGAUGAUGAUUUCUGGUGGUGUAUUAAAAAAGCUAUUGGAGCUGAACAAGGUUGGCAACCAAAUAUGAUAUUAGAUGAUGGAGGAGAUUUAACACAUUAUUUUCAUAAACAUUAUUCAACAUUAUUUUCAACAAUAAAAGGUAUUGUUGAAGAAUCCGUUACUGGUGUUCAUCGUUUAUAUCAAAUGUGUCGUACACAAACAUUAGCCGUACCAGCUAUGAACGUAAAUGAUAGUGUGACAAAAACAAAAUUUGAUAAUUUAUAUUUAUGUCGAGAAUCAAUUAUUGAUGGAAUAAAACGAUGUACUGAUAUUAUGUUUGGAGGCAAACAAGCCGUUGUUUGUGGAUAUGGUGAAGUUGGUAAAGGUUGUUGUUCAGCAUUACGUGGAAUGGGUUGUUUUGUUUAUGUAACAGAAAUAGAUCCAAUAUGUGCCUUACAAGCAUGUAUGGAAGGUUAUAAAGUUGUUCGUCUUGAAGAAGUUAUCAAACAAGCUGAUAUGAUUAUAACAGCGUCUGGAAGUAAACAUACUAUCACAAGAGAAUCAUUAGAUAAGUUAAAAAAUGGCGCCAUUCUUUGUAAUAUGGGACAUUCAAAUACAGAAAUUGAUGUUAGCUUUUUACGAGAUUCAUCAACAAAUGAUUUACAAGUUGAACGUGUUCGAACAAAUGUUGAUCAUGUUAUAUGGCCAAAUGGUAAACGAAUUGUAUUAAUUGCUGAAGGUCGUAUUAUGAAUUUAUGUUGUUCAAGUGUACCAUCAUUUGUUGUUUCAAUUACAGCAGCAACUCAAGCAUUAGCUUUGAUUGAACUUUUUAAUGCACCAGCAAAUCGUUAUAAAUGUGAUGUUUAUUUAUUACCGAAAAAAAUGGAUGAAUAUGUUGCAAGUCUUCACUUACCUGCAUUUGAUGCUCAUCUUACAGAAUUAACAGAUGAACAAUGCAAAUAUUUGGGUAUUAAUAAAGCUGGACCAUUUAAACCAAAUUAUUACAGAUAUUAA